AUGUUCGCUUGUUUCGGCCUCAAAUCGUCGUCCAAGAAGCAAAAAUCGUCCAGCAAAUCGUCGAAAAUGUCGACUCCUCAAGCCAUCCGCCGAUUUCUCGUCAACCAACUUCAUUCAGCAAGCAGCGAAGAGAGCCUCAAUUCAUCAGGAUUCGAGUCGGCCGACUUUGAGUUCAACUUUGGGAAAGAAAUCGAAGAGAGAAGCGAAAAGAAGGAAUUUCUGGAAGUCAUGCAACGGGCGAAACGAGCAUCUCUUCAAAGAAAAUUGAGCCAGAGAAGCAUCAGAAACCAUCAAAACUCAAGAUGA